ACCAAUGUGUUGGAGGAAACACCUGGCAACCUUGGUUAGCGCGCACUGCACCCGGCCCACCACAGGAGUCGCUGGUGCGUGUUGAGACAAGGAUAUCCCUACCGGCCAAGCCCUCCCUAACCCGGACGACGCUAGGCCAAUUGUGCGUCGACCCACGGACCUCCCGGUUACGACAGAGCCUAGGUGCGAACCCAGGGUCUCUGGUGGCACAGCUGGCGCUGCAGUACAGCGCCCUUAACCACUGUGCCACCCGGGAGGCCCUUCACUGAUCUUUUAUACCUUCUCCGGAACAUAAACGUUGUUAGGACCUCAAGUUCUGAGGUGGAAGAAAUUCCUUUGUUCUCUAUGAAACUUCACUCUCGCUAUACUGUGUGGCCAUGAGGAGAUCAUCAGGAAUGUACGACCUCUCUCUGACCACAGCAGUCUAGUUGAGGGAGGAAAGGGGGAGGCAGGGAGAAGGGGAUGAGGCUUGCUGUACCCAAAGAGGGCAACUUCAUGACAGGUAUAAAACCAUUUCUAGAGUGUUGAAAUUUUCCAAGGACUCAGUGGUCUCCAUCAUUGGGAAAUGGAAGAAAUGUCAAACUACUUUGCCCUAGAACUGGACAUCCAACCAAACUAAGCAACUGUGCAAGAACCCAAUGACCGAACUACAGAGUUCUUUGGAUGAGAUGGAAGAACCUGACAGUAAUAAUAAUUUAGUUAUAAUCCCAAAAUAUGAUUUGGCACCUAGCCAUGCAAUAUCAUAAGGUACCGCCUUCAUUACCUUGUUUAGGUAGCUAAUUGGAUCCCAGGGCGGGGUAAAAUGUACAUCUGUUUUCCACUUUUGCAGACAGCUGCAGCUAGCUUUUAAGCUUUGGUAGUGGCGCACUGAAUAAUUAAAGCUAGUCUGCAAAGUUUUGAUCAGCAAGGAUAUCCAAAAAUGGCUGGGUGCUGCCAAGAGCAAAAACUGAGGACCAUGGUGAGACCGAUGCAGAGUAGCCUGACCAGAGGUUGAGGGAGAGUAGCAAAUGCAAUACCCACCCAUUCCCCUCGCCGCCUGCUGACCAAGAUCGAAAUGAGCCAUGGCCUAGCACCAGCAGCAUGAGGGUAACAUCACAACAAACACCUGCACCUCCGUUACCCCAGCCACAACAACAUCUGUGAGGAGCCAGCACAGGUUUGUCUCGACACUUACCUGUGCCGCAUUUUCAGUAGAAAGCUCCUGGUUCAAGAACAGAGUGGCUUGAAUAUUCCCGCAAGGCAGAUGCUGUUAUCCUCGGCUCCAAUACUAAUUUGGAUAGAGCUUCACUCAAACUGGCUACUCAAGUUGGAAACAUGCCAAUGACAACACGAAAGGGUGGAGAAGCAUACCUCUUUAAAAAGCAUGUGAAAUGCAUGAUUAUGAGAAACAUGAAGCGCAAUGGAAAGAAAUCCACUCCUGUGAAUACUGAGCAGCUAAUAAAUUAUUUCAGGGAUUGUGGACAUUGGGAGUUUAUUGCAGUAAAUUAGCAUUCUUUGGGAAGGAGUUUGGAUGCGAUUGACUGAGGAGGAGGAAGCAGUAACUUUUGAGAAAAGGCAAGGAACUUGCAAAAUCAUUUAGCACAAUUCCACGUAAUACAAUACAUCAUGACCUUCAGAAUGAAAUCAUGGCUCGCAAGAUUGUCAGAGGAAAUUGGUGAAUUGUGGUAUACAUUGAAAUUAGAUGGAACCAAAGAUCCAACUGGAUGUGAUUAACAUUUCUAUUGUUAUUCGAUCUGUAGACGCAAAUGGUGUGCGAGAGCGGUUGCUGCCAAUGGCAACAAGCAAACAAUGUGAUGCUUUAUCACUUACUAACCUUGUUAUCUCAGAGCUAACAAAUGUUGGCAUCAGCAUUAAAUAUUCUAAGUCAAUGCUACGACGGGGUUAGUGUGAUGUCCGUGAAACACUGUUGUGCAGAAAAUAUUGCAAGAUCAAUUGAAUCACUUAAUGCCACAUGUGAUAACUUUAAAUCACCAACUGCAUUUGAAAUGGGGUGCACGCUAGGUCGACUGAGGCAGCAGAAUGCAUUUUUUAAUGUGUGUACAAAUUAUUUGGGAAACCACGGCUGCUGCACAGCACACUGGGGAAACCUUAAGACUACUUGAUCAGAGAUGCUCUGGCCACCUCGGCACAGUGUCAGUAAUUUUGAAAUCAAGUGACCGUGAAAUCAAGUAAACAGCUCUGUAAAAUCGAGUCUACUCACGUAUAUGGCACAGAUGUGAGACUUCAGGCCAAGGCUUAUUGUAAAGCAGCGAUAGAGCCAAACUUUGAGUUUAUUGCUAACGUGACUUUCAAUUCUGGGGCUCCUGAACACCGCAACUGAUCUGCACGUCUGUGUCAAACUUGUCCAAGUGCGUUGAAAAACUCCAGUGUGACAAUGAAUUUGAAAACCUUUGGGAGGCAUGCCAGGAGGGCAUGAGCACCUCAGCUCCAAGUAAACAACAGAGACUGAUGAGAAACUCUGGAAGAGUAUGUAGUUGAAUGCACAGUGGGUCAGCAUGAUUAUGGAGACGAUAGGGAGUGUAAACUUUUUUUUCAGUACUUUGGAUGCCGUGCUGGGGGAAAUGUCAUCACGAUUUAUUGAAGGAAAGUCAACUGGUGGAAGAUCUGUCCCAUGGAUCCUGAGACUUUUUGGAUGUGAACUAGGUCAAGCCAUUGUUGGAGCUAACCAAAACUGAACCAGUGGAAGCAGAGUUUGUGGCUCGCACAUUCUUGCAAAUGGAAAUCGCAACCACUGCCAGCCAGCAACAGCAAAUGGACGCUACAAACAGGCUGACCACACUACUCACGUGCGCAAGCGUUGCAAAAUAUAUUUAGAAAUCUGUUCAAUUAUUGCGCUCGCAAGAGUCUGUGUUGCCAAGGGCUAAAAUAGAAAUCGGUUCUAUUUCUGACACAGAUCGCACUGCAAGUCCUGCCUCUCCCAUCUCCUCAUUGGUUUGCAGAAGCAGGUACCCACAUGCCAUCUCCUCCUUGGUUAUAGCCACGUGGGUGACUGAGAUGAACGAUUUCAGUGGCGGUAUUGCACCUAAUUUAUGAAAAGUUGCCAAUCACAAUAUAAAGUCAAGAGAAGAAAAAGCCUGGAAGAGAGAUGACUAGAAACGAUUCGGUUGACCGUUUGUGUGGAUUAAUUUUCGGAGUAGAGGACUUUGUGCAUUUCAGGUAAAAUAACAACUCAAUGUUUAUCCCAGGACAAAUUAGCUAGCAACAGCAAGCUAGCUAAAUUUGACAAAUUUAGCUAGCAAGUGCAAGCUAACUAGCUAAAUUGCCAUACAUGCUUUUUGACUUGUCCCCAAAUUAAUAUAAUUGGUUGAGUUUGUUUUGAUAUUUUAACCUGAGUGUCAUGAUCGCGUUUAGUGUGGGGGGGACAAAAUGCACGAUGCCGCUCAGAAAUGUUUGUACAUUUGAACAGAAGUAGAACCAAUCUACCUUGUUUUAUUAGAGCUCCCCAUGGAUUUAACAUGCCCCCUCAGGAAUGUAAGGUCUGCAAGGGAAUGAGGUGCUCAUGGUGCAGGAGGCCAAGGAGAAUUGCUACAAACAGUGGUACCUUCCAGCUGGCCGUAUGGAAGAGGGAGAGGGCAUUGUGGAGGCCAUGAGAAGGGAGGUGAAGGAAGAGGCUGGAUUCGACUGCAAACCCAUUACCCUGGUUCUGGUCCAAGAACAGGGGCCGCAGUGGAUCCGAUUCGUUUUCUUGGCGGAGAUUACAGGAGGCUCCCUGAAGACUAUGGCAGAGGCUGAUGCAGAGUCUCUCCAGGCUCAGUGGUGGGACCAAGACUCCCCACUCACCUUGAGGGGUCGUGACAUCCUCAGACUCAUCGAUACCGCCCUGAAAUACAGAAAGAAGCCCUGGCAUCCUGUGGCUCACCCUAUAGACAUGUGCUGCCAUGUUGUUGUACAGCGACUUCUCCUCACUUUCAGCAGCUCUGAUGGGGUGCUUUGGCUCCUUUUGGGCAACAUUAAGGACCUGCACCUCCCUGUGGCCGUGUCUGUGAAAACCCACACAGUCACAUGGGCGGCCAACACAUUGGUACAAGAGGCCAUGCCCUCCUCCUACUACGACCUCAACGUCAACACAAGGGGAAUCCUGGGACUACAGCACAAUGGAAGGGUCCCUGGAAAGACAGAUGGACUCUGCUUCAACACAGUGGUGUCUUUGGAACACACUGGGGAGGGGCCACACACCAGUCAACCACCACUGAUUGAGAGCCCUCGCUUUCAGUGGUACAAAGUGGAGAAUCCUCAGCUAAGAGACAAGAUUCAACAGAGAAUAACUACUGGGUCCUUCCUUCCAGUGCAUAGUCUCUACUAAGGUGGUGAAAUGACAUUCCAAAAACAAUACACUUUUUACUUGAAGAUGAUUUUGGGAAUACGUGGGGCAAGUACCUGUCUAUGAGCGGCCAAAAGACCGCUUUGAGAGCAGACAUUACAACGUUUAUCAAUUUGUACAUCAUUUGUCAUUUAGCAAACACUAAUCCAGAGCGACUGACAUGAGUACAUUUGGACUUUUUCGUACUGGUCCCCCAUGGGAAUCAACCCACAACCCUGGCGUUGCAACAGCUACACAAGACCACCAUUCCGAAAACUGCUGGAAAAGAUUGCAAAAAAACUUUUCAGAAAUAAUUUGCGAAAAAUGGACUGCAAUACAGAAUAGGGUCUAUAACCUUUUGAUCAAACGUUCAAUCAAGUCUGCUAUUAUUCAAAAACUACAUUCAGCUACCAAUCAUGAUCUAGCUUCAUAUGAUCCAUUUUUAGAUAAGCCGCAUGAAAUCUAAUACCCAUGGCAGAAAAAUCAAAUUACUGUUAUGACAGGUUGACUCAGCAAUAUGACGUUGUGGCUUCUGACAGAGUACGAAGCAAAAAUAUUCUCUUCAGCUAUCACAUUGUAGGAGAGGGACGCAAACUUCAAUGCAGAUACUCUCAGCAUUAUAUUUGGUUGCACUGCUGCUCAUGUCGCUGAGUCUAUUUAAAAUUCAAGCCAAAUACUUUGAGGCUCAUCUCAAUUGUUAAGUUGCAUGAUCAUACUUUACAAAGGAUUGUACAGAGACUGAUGUUUAAAACAAUGUGUUGUGACCCUGGUCCACAUAAGACACCAGACAUCACCUCAACACAGAAAUAAAACGUGAGAAAAGGCAAGCACAGGUUAGUGUUUUUUGUCGUGAAUCUUGUUCUGGAAGCAACUCCAGAGUGGUUGCUAGCUGGCACAGCCACAAAGUACAAAUCUUUUAAACCUAACCUUGUAUUAAAACAUUAGCUUUUUGGUAUUAAUUUAUUUAGACUUUGUACCUGGCCCAUCUAGCGGAAACCGCUCAGUUCUGCCUCCAGGAUGGAUUCAUCGCCAUGCAAACAAAGUAUCAAUAAUUAAACUGGAUGACGCACAGUUUUAGGUUGUUCCAACCAGUCUCACAGCCCAGAUGAUCAUGUAUCAAGCUUCAUUAAAAGUGCUGACCCAGGAUCAGUUUAGUCCAUAAUGAACAUGAUCCUACAUAAGCACUAUGAAUACCGGCUCAAUCCUCAUUCUAAUACAUGUUUUAAUAUCUCAGGAACCAGGGAUAGCCUACAGCAAUCUUAUAUAUGCAACUGUUACAAAUACAAGAUGAAACGCAACCUUUUACAUUGAUUUGACCGACUGCAUACAUUACUUCCAGGUGUGAUAAUUUGCUUAAGAUAGUCAUUAUGUAAGCUAAACUCAAAACAUUUCAGCAUUUACAAUAAACUUAAAAAUUGAGAUUAAUCUUACACAUGUUCUAUUCUCCUAAGUACCAAUGCUUCAUCUUUGGAGAACAAUUAAUGCCCUUGUACCUCCGGUCAUCUAUGGCUUUGUUUACUCGUGCAACCAACAGAAGUAAGCAGCUGUGACUGGUGUCGUCCGUCUGACUGAGUGUUCCGUUCAAGGAUUCACAAGGUGUCAGUGUUCUGCAAGUUUGUGGUGUUGGCAGGAAGUUUGACAAAGGCAAUGGCUGCCAGCUCCUUACAAAACUCCUCCAGGAUGAUCACUCCCUUAAGCAGGGGCAUGUGAUCCACUCUGGGGAGGCAAGAUCCACACAAAAUCAUUGUCAUUUCCUCAGUCUGCUUCUCAGGAGGGUGGUUUUUGUUAUUAGGAAGAACACAUGUAUUGGUGUAGUGUCCGGUCAACGCACAUGAAUGGCAUUUACACCUUUUUUAUAUUGCACAAGUGUUUUACACACAUAUUGCAUUGAAAAUAUAACUUCAUUCAGCGUGCAUGGUGAUCAGGUUAACCACUACAUCACAUUCAGGACGCACACACUUACCAAAUAAUUAAUUUAAACUAAUAUAUACAGUGUGUAGUCAGACCCCUUUUCCACUGUUACAUAAGCCUUAUUCUAAAAUCAAAUUUUUUUUUUGUGAAAAAAAUGGUCCUCAAUCUACACACAAUACCCCAUAAUGACGAAGCGAAAACAGGUUUAGACAUUUGUAAAUGUACUAAAAAUAAAACGUAUUCAGACCCUUUGUUAUGAGACUCAAUUGAGCUCAGGUGCUCCGAGAGAGGAUUAUGUUGAGGUACAGAUCUGGGGAAGGGUACCAGAAACAAAUUGUCUGCAGCAUUGAAGGCCCCCAAGAACACAGCGGCCUCCAUUAAAUGGAAGAAGUUUGGAACCACCAAGACUCUGGCCAGCCCAUCCUAACUGAGCAAUUGGAGAAGGGCCUUGGUCAGGGAGGUGACCAAGAACUCGAUGGUAACUCUGACAGAGGACAGAGUUCCUCUGUGGAGAUGGGAGAACCUUGCAGAAGGACAAGCAUCUCUGCAGCAUUCCACCAAUCAGGCUUUUAUGGUAGAGGCGCCAGACAGAAGCCACGUCUCAGUAAAAAGGCACAUGACAGCCUUUAGAGUUCGCCAAAAGACACUUAAAGGACUGACGAUGAGAAACAAGAUUCUCUGGCCUGAAUGCCAAUCGUCACGUUUGGAAGAAACCAGGCACUGCUUAUCACCUGGCCAAUACCAUCCCUACGGUGAAGUAUGAUGGUGGCAGAAUCAUGCUGUGUGGAUGUAUUUCAGCAGCAGGGACUAGGAGACUAGUCAGGAUAGAGUGAAAGAUGAACGGAGCAAAAUACAGAGAUCCUUGAUGAAAACCUGCUCCAGUGUUCUCAGGACCUCAGAAGGGGGCGAACGUUCAGGGACCCCAAGCACAGAGAAAAGACAAUGCAGGAGUAGCUUCAAGACAAGUCUCUGAAUGUCCUUGGGUGGCACAGCCAAAGUCCGGACUUGAACCCGAUUGAACAUCUCUAGACAGACCUGAAAAUAGCGGUGUAGCAACACUCCCCAUCCAACCUUACAGAGCUUGAGGAUCUACUUUGAAAAAUGGGAGAAACUCCCCAAAUACAGGUGUGCCAAGCUUGUAGCGUCAUACCCAAGAAGACUUGAGGCUGUAAUCGCUGCUUCAAAGUACUGAGUAAAGGGUCUGAAAACUUACGUAAAAUGUCAGUUUUUUAUAAAUUAGCAAAAAAGGUAAAAAAACAGAUUUGCUUUGUCAUUCAUUAUGGGUAGUGUGUAGAUGAGGGGGAAUUUUUUUAAUAAUUCAUUUUAGAAUAACGCUGUAAUGUAACAAAAUGUGGAAAAAGUUAAGGUGUCUGAAUACUUAACAAAUGCACUUGGUUUCUCUAUGGCACUUACCCAGACUCCCCAUCCAGGCCCAUCAGCUGCCUUCGGACAUGCACAAGCUUCUCUGUGAAGUUUGGGAUCACCUCGAUCCUCUGCAUCAGUUCUCCUAUCACCUGUCAAACCAGGAGAAACAUAAUUAGGAAUGUAUUUGUGAAAACUAUAGCUCGGUAAAACCUCAAAGACAAGGAAGGAGGUGAGUGUAGUAGUCACCCACCCUGAUGAGCACAGAGAACAGGGAGCGGGCUCCAGGGGCCAGGAUGAUGUAGGGGUCCAGCAGGUACUCAUGGAGGUGGGGAUGAGGGAACACGGCCAGCCUGGACAACACAGAUGUCACCUGGAGGUUCAGCUCAUAGGGCUAAGAGAGAGAGAGACACACACGUCACAAGUGAGGGGAUGUUUGUGACUAAACACAGCACUCAUGGUGGUCACUAAUGUAUUAUGAUGACUAUGCAAUAGUUGUACCAUAUACAAAACACAGUUGUACUGAAAGUGCGCCAUCUUGAGAGCUUGAUUGCAGACAUGCAAAACAUUUUGGGAUAGUAUCAACAGUGGACCAAUGAACAAAAUACAAAAAUAAAUCCCUUGAAGGCUACCUGCUCAAGGAUCCGGCCUAUUCUGUCAAACAGGACUUUGAGGAAGUGGCCUUCGAAAAAGUCAGAACUGGAUACAGACAACUCGGUUGGUUUGCGGGACUCCGGCCAAUCCCAAUUGAGCAAGAAUGCAGUGCACUCUUUAAACUAAAAAUCAGAUGUUUUGCGUUAGAUCCGAGACCUCAAUUUAUGCUACUCGUGGUAAUGACUUUCACUACUUGAAGUUCUCCGCUCACCUGCUCAUGAGCAUCAUGGACAUAAGUUUCAUAUCGGGCACCUUGGACAUGUUGAGAGGUUUUUGCUUCUUGAGGGACCAAACACAGAAAACUGCAAAACAAAACGACAGUGUAAAGUGAGUUAUAGCUGCUAAAAUACAAAAAGUAGUUCCUUCAUGAGAGAUGUCUGAUCAGUUUUCUUUAUGACCCGAAUGAGGGGAUGAAUGUUGUGCCUAGACUCAAUUAACCACCAGUAAUAAAAUUAACUGCAUAGAGAAA